GUUUGUUAAAGCGAUAGACCCCACGGCGCUCCAGGGCUCCACCGGGCACCGCACAACUGCCGCGGCGGCCCUCGGCGUGCGGUGGGCGCCCGUGACAGCGGCGCCGCUCUGCUCGCCACGCCGGCUCCGGGCAGCUGCCGACCUCCCUGGCGCGGCCCCAUCGCCCGGCGGGAUGGGCGGCGAGGCGGGGUCCGCGGCGGCCGUGGGCUCCGAGGGCCGCGUAAAGAGCCUGGGUCUGGUGUUCGAGGAUGAGCGCAAGGGCUGCUACUCGAGCGGCGAGACGGUGGCGGGACACGUGCUGCUGGAGGCGGCCGAGCCGGUGGCCCUGCUCGCCCUGCGCCUGGAGGCCCACGGCCGAGCCACUGCCGCCUGGGGCCCGAGCCCUGGCGCCGCGGCCCCGGCCGCCGCCUCGGAGGUGGAGUACCUGAACGUGCGCCUGAGCCUGCGCGAACCCCCGGCCGGUGAAGGCAUCCUCUUAUUAGAGCCUGGAAAACAUGAAUUUCCAUUUAGCUUUCAACUUCCAUCUGAACCUUUAGUAACCUCGUUCACCGGGAAAUAUGGAAGUAUUCAGUACUGUGUGAGGGCAGUUUUGGAACGACCCAAGGUACCCGAUCAGAGUGUGAAGCGGGAGCUUCAGGUGAUUAGUCACAUCGAUGUCAACACACCAGCAUUAUUAACCCCUGUAUUGAAAACUCAAGAGAAAAUGGUUGGCUGUUGGUUUUUCACGUCUGGUCCUGUCUCACUGAGUGCCAAAAUUGAAAGAAAAGGAUACUGUAAUGGAGAAGCCAUUCCAAUCUAUGCAGAGAUAGAGAAUUGUUCCUCUCGGCUGAUUGUUCCCAAAGCUGCUAUUUUCCAAACCCAGACGUACUUGGCAAGUGGGAGAACAAAGACCGUCCGGCACAUGGUUGCCAACGUACGAGGAAACCACAUUGCAUCUGGGGGCACUGACACGUGGAAUGGGAAGACUCUCAAAAUCCCACCUGUUACCCCGUCCAUCCUGGAUUGCUGCAUUAUCAGAAUAGACUAUUCCUUAGCUGUGUACAUUCACAUUCCUGGUGCUAAAAAAUUGAUGCUCGAGCUGCCCUUAGUGAUUGGCACGAUUCCAUACCAUGGUUUUGGCAGCAGAAACUCCAGCAUUGCCAGCCAGUUCAGUAUGGAUCUGAGCUGGCUGACACUGACCCUGCCAGAGCAGCCCGAAGCGCCACCAAAUUACGCAGACGUGGUGUCAGAGGAGGAAUUCUCUAGACACGUGCCUCCUUACCCUCAGCCCCCUAACUGUGAGGGGGAAGCAUGCUGUCCCAUGUUCGCCUGCAUACAGGAAUUCCGGUUUCAGCCUCCGCCUCUUUAUUCAGAGGUUGAUCCACAUCCUCCUGAUGUAGAAGAGACCCAGCCUGUUUCCUUCAUUCUCUGAACAAAUGUCAGAAAUCACUGUGUUCAUCAUCAGUUUAGAAAACGGUUCCUUCCCCCUGCCUUUUUGGAAAAGAGGGAGAGAAAAGGCGUGUAAGAACAUAAAUGAACAUCCAGAUCGAAGGUGAUAGAAAUUAAAGAAUAUGUGAACUUCCCAGUGGGCCGACGGGAUCAUUGCACAAGUUGAUGAUACCGUCGUGCGUCCCCUUUAAGUAAUCCAGUGAAGCAGAUGUGAAAAGUCACGUGAGAAGAAUGUCCCGGAAGUCCUGAUGGUGAUAGAGUAAGUGAAGGGGGUGUCUGCGCGCUUGACCACAGAGAACAGACGCUGUGUGGAGAGUGGAAAUGCUCUGUGUCACUUUACAGAGGUUUCUCCAGGUGGAACAGAAGUUACCCUGAGCUUUAAGGAAAUGUAGACUCAUUGGGAGCCUUGAUUUUGAAGAUGGCAGCAGCAUGGAGGCGUGCACGAAUAGGAGAGGCCCACCCUAGAUACCAAGUGUGAGGGGCUUCGUGGUUUCUUACCGUGUCCCAUAGGACUGAAGUCCUCGAAAGAACCUUUCAAUGAGGUCCUAACGAAGUAACACAGUUCCACUGUAUAAAUGGGCUCUGCAGUAUUACGAAACCAAGAAAAGAGUUCCUUGCAAGGUGUGUCAGUUCAGAGGGGAUCAGUAUGAGAACACGUUCGGUUGAAGGCUAUACUUCUUACCCCAUUUAAGUGCUUUGUUAGGGUAUGUGUUUGAUUUUCCCCGUGUCUUAUUUACCUAGGAUGAAAGUAGAAAAAAAAAGGGAAAAAAAAAAAAAAAAAGGUU